AUCGGGAAGAGCUGCUCAUUUUGAAUGCUAAGCAAAGAGGGAAACUGUAACAAUAGUAUUUGUUAAAUGAAAUCAAUGGUGAAGAAGUUGAAGCAGAGUCUGAGAUCUGGAUCGUUAGAGAAAAGGAAGGAAAAGGAAAAACACAUUCAGGAAGAAAAGUGGUUCUUGGACAACGGAAGCAUCUUCUUGACAGAACUUAUUGCUGAUUGUAACGGUAAAUCCAUUCCUAUACGUAGCUUUUCUUCUGACCAGAUCUUGAAAGCUACAAGUAACUUCAGUUCCAGUUGUUUUGUAACCGCAGAGGGGUUCUACGUCUGGUACAAAGGUAUCAUAGAAGAUAGAUCUUACAUGAUCAAGAGAUUCUCCGAGUAUAAAGUUACUCAUUACAGAGUAGCAGAGGUUUACAACGAGAUUGUCUUGUCUGCUCGGAUGAGCAACCACAACAACUUUCUUAAACUAAUAGGAUUUUGUCUUGAGUUUAGUCUUCCGGUUCUUGUGUUUGAAUAUGCAGAGCAUGGAGUUUUGAAUCACAGAGGAGCUCUCGCAUCCACUAGCUCUGAUGGGGACUACAAACAUAUUGCUGGCUAUGUGAAAGGCUUUCAUGAGAAUGGGCAGCUCGAUGGAAUAAUAGAUCCAAAGGUGAUGGAAGACAUUACAAGUGCUCAAAAAGUGCUUGUGGAAGCGUGUGUGGUGUUAGCGCUGAGAUGUUUCAUGAACCAUCGAGGAGCUAUUAAAGUUAACAGGGAGGAGGCUUUAUUGCCGUGGAGUGCGCGGUUGAAGAUUGGAAAAAAGAUUGCAAAUGCAUUGACUUAUCUUCGCAUGACCUUUGGAGUUACAAUGCUAUUUCUUUUGGCUGGAGAACUUGGAGUCCAAUGGUUAGCUGCUAUGAUUCGGGAGUUUGGAUUCCCAUUUCCUCUCUCGGUUGGAAAAUUAUCGGAACAUUUCAUCGACCUGAUAGACCAGACCAUCUGGAACAGUGAUAUUAAGGGUUUGGAUGUGCAAGUGAAAGCAUUUUUUGCACUUGCGUUAAGAUGCGUUAGGUUCUGGCCUGGAAAAGACUUUCUUACGAUGAUCGAUGUGGCCAGAGAGCUCAAGUUAAUCGAAGGAAUUGUCACCGCUUCGUCUAAAUGCCUUUCUUUUAUUGAAUGAUCUUUCUCUGUUUUCAGAUUUUCUUUACAUUUCGGUUUGAGAAUGUAACACGAUUCCUAAUUUCAGUUUGGCCCCAACCAACGAUAUAUGUGUCAUGAGUCCUUUAAGAUGACAGCAUGAGAUGAAACAUGUUCACUUCUUUGUCAGUUUUUAAAAACAGACAUAAGACUAGACCUGACAGAGAGAGAAAUGUAGGAUAAGCUUGGCUAAGUCGGCAUGAAGUGACGUACAUUAGAAAGUUCAUACGUUCUGCCCACUUGGGUAGAAUAAGUAGGACACAGUAGU